AGUUAUCCAGUUGAUCAUAAUUUUUUAUGGCUAUUUAGUUUAUUAGAAUAUAAACCUUAAUCAUCGACAUAUUUAGGUUCUUACUGGUUUUGGUAUAAAAUAUAACAAAUUUAUAGCAAUAAACUGAGAGAGAAGAUGUACAUAAAAGUUCGGCCCAUGACCGGGGGUGACGAAGUUGCUCUCACCGUCUCCAAACUCACCAAAAUAGAGGAGCUGCGCCUACAGGUGCAAAAACAUUUCUCCGUAGCACCUGAGCAACAGCGGCUCUUUUUUCAAGGCAAGCAGCUUGAAGAUGGGCACACCAUAUUUGACUAUAAUGUCAAUAUAAAUGAUGUCAUCCAGCUGCUUGUGAGACAAUUUCUAACUGAGUCAACCAACAAGAAUGGGUGCAAAGACCAGUCUGCUCCUGUUCAGAAAAAGACUGGUAAGAAAAAACAGUCUGCUGCUAAUGACCAACAGAGCAAGAGGAAGCCUGAGGAGGCAGCUAAGGGCACUGAGCAUCUUGCUUCUGCAAAAACUUCAUCAGCUUCAGCUAAUUCUGAAGCACCCAAUGAACUGCCUGCUACUAAUGGUAGUGAGGAACUGGUGGAGGAGAGCGAAUACUACAAAGUCGGAGACCUGGUGGAUGCAAGGCAUGAAGGUAGCUGGUGGGAGGCUGAGUUACUUAGCAUCUCCAGAGCUGCCCCAAACACUUCACCUCCUCCUCCUGGGGAGCUGAGGGACCCUUACUGCUAUCUUGUCCGCUUUGAAAGAUACCACUAUGAGGAGCCAUCAAAAGUUCUUCUGCAUGAGCUCAGGCCGCGAGCAUUUAAGAAGCUCUCCCUCGAUGAUGUCAAGCCAGGGAUGAAGCUCCUGGUGAACUAUAACAUUGACGAGCCAGCACAGCGGGGCUACUGGUACCAUGCUGAGGUGGAGAGUGUGGUUCCUGGUACUGUUUAUGCUGGUGGAGAGUGUGGUUCUUGGUACAGAGAGUCCGCCCCCACGUGCGCGACCUGCCAGGACUCGCGGCGCCGCAAGUGCUACGACUGCGGCUGCUGCUGCUGCGGCCGCAAGGAGGAUCCUGAGAAGCAGCUCAUGUGUGAUGAAUGUGACAAGCCUUACCACAUCUACUGCCUACAGCCUCCUCUUGACGCCGUGCCUGAUGUGCAAGAGUGGUUUUGCCCAUCGUGCAAGAACGACGAGACGGAGAUCGUGCGCGCCGGCGAGAAGCUCAAGCAGAGCAACAAGAGAGCAAAGAUGCCCAGCCAAAACUCUAACAGCAGCAGGGACUGGGGCAAAGGUUUUGCGUGCGUUGGGCGCUCCAAGGAAUGCACAAUUGUUCCAUCUGAUCACUUCGGCCACAUACCCGGCGUUGAGGUUGGCUCUCAGUGGCUCUACAGGAUCCAGGCGAGCGAGGCUGGGGUGCACCGCCCCCCCGUGUCAGGGAUCCAUGGUCGGGCAGAUGCCGGGGCGUACAGCGUGGUGCUGGCGGGCGGCUACGAGGACGACGAGGACAACGGCGAGGAGUUUACGUACACGGGAGCGGGAGGGCGGGACCUGAGUGGCAACAAGCGCACUGCGCAGCAGAGCUGUGACCAGACCCUCAACAAGACCAACAGGGCACUGGCGCUGAACUGUAACUGCAAAAUAUCCGAGAAGGGCGGGGAUGCCGGCGACGACUGGAGGAAGGGCAAGCCGCUGCGUGUGCUCAGGAGCUACAAGGGCAGCAAGCACAGCCAGUACGCGCCUACGGAAGGCAUCAGGUACGACGGACUGUACAAGGUGUGCCGCUACUGGCAGGAGGCCGGCAAGAGCGGCUUCAAGGUUUGGCGCUACCUCAUUAGACGGGACGACCCAACCCCUGCCCCCUGGACUCCUGAGGGCAAGGAUAGGAUAGCCAAACUGGGGCUCGUCAUGCAGUAUCCUGCCGACCAUCCCGGCCUGUCUUCGGCCAGCAAGAGAAAGCUCAACGAAUCUCAGGAGGACGGUGAUGUGGGCGACGCCAGCAGGAAGAAAGCCAGGCUCGUCAGCUACGACAUCGCUGACGAUGUGAAGGCUGCCAUCGCUGCUGACACAAGCAACCAGAAACUUUGGGCAGCUUGUCAGGAGGCAGCCAAGCAGGGCCAUCAGAAUUUCGUUGAUGAAGUGCAAAGUCAGUUCAGUUGCAUCUGCUGCCAGGAGUUGCUACUGCUGCCCGUCACUACGGACUGCCUGCAUAACGUGUGCAAGGCCUGCCUGCUGCGCUCCUUCAAGGCAGAGGUGUUCGUGUGCCCUGCGUGCAGGAAAGAUCUUGGUCAAAGCUACAAGGCGGUCGUCAACAAGGAUCUCAGCGCAGCACUCUGCCUCAUCUUCCCUGGAUACCGUGGCACCUCUCCUCACUGAAGCCUUUCUUUUUCUCCCCAGAAGCUCCUCUCUCUGUCUCCCUGGCGCUUCUCUCUCCCUCUCCCUGACGCUUCUCUCUACCUCUCCCUGAAGCUUCUCUCUACCUCUCCCUGAAGCUUCUCUGUCCCUUUCCCUGAAGCUUCUCUCUCCCUCUACCUGAAGCAUCCUUGUCUCCUUCUCCAUAAACUUCCCCCUACUUCUCUCCAAACCCUCUCCUUCCUGUUCUUCUCCUUGCGACAUCGCAUUUUUUUCUCUUGAAUGCGGUAGCCUGAUUAGGUGCUGCAAACGAUCAUAUCGUUCAUCCUAUAGUCAUAAUUUUGUCAACAGGCAGGCUUGAACCCGUAAAUCAGGUUUUUCAUUUCUUUUAGUUUUAACGGAGAUGCUUACGAAGCACUCUAUUUUCAACUUUUAAGACAUAUAUGUGUGAAGCUCAUAAUUACGGGGCUGUCACCACACUCAAUGAAUGAAGGUGUCAGAAGAUGUAUACUAUUCUCUAUCUACUCAGCGGGGCUCGUGGCCGUGAUCUUUAUGAAUGUCACUGCAUCCACCAUUUAAUUAAGCCUCACUGUUCGACAUGAAUUACUUGUUUCAGUCAAUUUGUAAAAAUUUCGUUAUUUUAUACCAUAAACAUCUUAGAAUAGCUGUGUAGGCUUUUUUAUAAUACUUCCCUGAAUACUUGUCGAUAUUAGAAUAAGGCUACUAGGUUCUUCUAUUCGUGGCAGUUCAGACGAAAGUCUUCUUUGCGAUAUCCUGUUUGAGUCUCCACCUCUAUUCCUUUCCAAUACAGAUUAUUAUAUUGUUUUAAUUGACUCAACAACCGAAAUGAAUAUUUCUUUAAAUGACAUCAUAUCUAUGGAGCAUUCCUCCUUGAGUCGUGGAGGUGCUCGGUAGAAUUUUUUAUAAACCCAUUAGCUCGUUUAUAUCAACAGAGUGACAUGCUUGAAAAGUAAACACGUCUCAAUAGUUGACGAGUACGAAGAAUCUGGCCACCUUUAAUCCCUUGAGUCAACUUGCCAUGAAUAGAAUUGAUACGAAUUAAAGUUGGAUGCCCAAUAUCAAGAACCAUCGAGAUUUUAGUAAAUGCAGCCAAAAUU